AUGACUUCUCCAACCCCUCUAUCUGGCAAGACAGCCAUCAUCACCGGCGGCACCAAAGGCAUCGGCGCCGCUAUCGCCACGCACCUCGUCUCCCUCGGCGCCAACGUCACUCCCUCGUCUCGACUCUCACCUCCUCCGUCCCUGUCUCAACUCCCCCCCCGCGCCCUCGCCCUCCGCGGUGACGCCGGCUCAAUCCCCGACAUCCACGCCCUCGUCUCCCACACCGUCGCCGCCUACGGGAAAAUCGACAUCGUUAUCGCCAACGCGGGUGUGCUCCCCAUGGCUGAUCUCGCGCACCUGACUGAGGAAGUCUACGAUGCCACUAUGCGCCUUAAUACCAAGGGCCCUCUCUUUCUUGUUCAGGCUGCGGCGCCGCAUAUGAGCGCCGGGGGGCGGAUAGUGCUUGUUUCCUCAACGCUCGCGCAUGCGUCGGUAGUGGAUCCGGCGUACCUGCCGUACUUGGCGUCGAAGGGGGCCGUGGAGCAGAUGGUGCGUGUGCUGUCUAAAGAUCUGGCAAGGAAGGGUAUUAUGGUGAAUGGGAUAGCGCCGGGACCGACGGGGACGGAACUGUUUCUUAAGGGGAAGAGCGAGGCAGUGUUGGAGCGGAUUAGGGGGUUGAAUCCGGCCGGGAGGAUUGGGGAGCCGGAGGAGGUGGCGAGAGUGGUGGGGUUUUUGAGCGGGGAGGGUGCGGCGUGGGUUAGUGGGCAGAUGUUGAGGGUUAAUGGGGGUAUGGCGUGA